AUGAACUUAUUUACUUUAAGCUAUUGUAGAUUUCAAAGAAAACCUAAGCAGGGAGAAAUCUUUUGUCAAGAGUCCUGCGAAUGCCACCUGUUUCUGAUGGACCACAAGAGUGAAAGUGGAAAAGGUCAUCCAGACCAAAGCAAGAAAAGAGCUAACACAGCAAAGAAUGAGAAAGAGGUAAGUUGCCAGAAUUUUCCUGUAGCAUUCAUGUGAAUACUAUAAGAACAACCCCUUUCCUUAGUGAAACCUUACCCAUUUCAACUGGUAGGAACCUCACCAUGAGUUUUCGUAUCCUUUGCAUAGGUUAAGAUGCUACACACAUACCUAGCAGAGCAAGAAGAACAACAGGUCCGUCUUAAACAGCAGCAAGAGCAGAAAAACCUUCAAGACCUGCCUAAAGCUAAGACAAGAGAUGCCAGCAUUCAGUCUGUGCCUGUACAUGUACAGGGGGAGUCAGCAGAUGCUGCCAUUUGGACAGUUUCCAAUGGCAAUGCCAUGCAACAAUUCAAGGAGCAGGUGCUGAACCUAGAAAAUAUUGUGUCAGAAUUAAUGUCCUACAAGUCUCAG